CACUCGCUGUGAUAAUAGCGACAAAAUGUACGCUUUGAUAAUAACGGAAAGCAAAGGAUCUUUUGUUUUACGUCCUCUGGAGUCCACAUAUUAUCGAGAGAUUAAAUCAAAAGUCAAGAAAAAGCACACAAUCUUUGAUCCAAAGCUAACGAAAGCCAAAAGAACUCUCAUUAAUAAUAAGCAUAAAAAUAAUUUGAAGACUUAUUUGAGUGGCGAUCAGAACUCAACCAAAGGAAUGGCUGACAAAAAGGCUGACAGAGAAGAUGUAUCUGAAUUCAUGGCACAC